AUGUUAAAGUGGGUUCAAUCAGGUCUUUCUGCUGUAGCAGGUACCGCCGAACCAGAAUAUGGUAGAGAAGCCAUCUAUACCGUUGCUGAUUCCAUCAAUCAAGAACAAUUACCAAUAUAUAGAGAAACUACCAUUGAUGAUUUCAAUUGGCAAUCUCCAAGUUAUACUAAUGUUGAAACUCAAACUUUUUAUUUCACUGAUUUAGCUAAUGGAUUAGUUGGAUUCCUUCAAGUUAUUCAUUCUAAUGUUAUGGGUGUUCAUACAACUGCUCAAUUCACUUGUAGAAUAUUUAAUACUAAAGAUCCAAGUCAAAAUAUUUGGCAUUCAACAAAAUUAGAUAAUUUUGAAAUUAAACAAUCAAAUUUUUAUGCUGAUAAUUUUAAAAUUGAAUUCGAUGAAAAUAAUCAACAAAUUAUAAUUGAUUCAACCGUUAAUGAAGAUUUAAUUGUUGAUUUUAAAAUUUCAAAAUUAGCUCCUGGUAUAAUCUUUGGUAAAGAUGGUACAACUCUUUAUGGUGAUGAUAAAAAUGAACCUUGGGGUUCAAUGAGACAUUUAUUUUGGCCAAGAUGUAAAGUAGUAGGUAAUAUCGUUAAUAGUGAAACUAAAGAAGUUUUAGAUAUUAAUGGUUAUACAAUGUUUGUUAUGGCUUUACAAGGUAUGAAACCUCAUCAUGCUGCUAAAGCUUGGAAUUUUAUGAAUUUCCAUUCUGAAAAUUAUUCAGCUGUAACUAUGGAAUUUACAACUCCUCCAUCUUAUGCUAAUACAAAAGUUAAUAUUGGAAUUAUUUCAACUAAUGAUAAAGUCCUUUAUGCCACUAUUAAUAACGAAGUGGUUCAUAAAGAUUCUGUUGUUGAUGAAAUUGGAUGGUCAAUUCCAAAAGCUAUUGAAUUCAAUUAUGUUAAAGAUAAGAAAUUCGAUUCAUCCACUCCACCAACUGUUACUGAAGAAGAAGUUGUUGAAGAAAUUUCCGGUGAUUUAACUACUUUAGUUGAAAGAGUUGAUGUUAUGGCUGAAAUUCCUCAAUUUGUUAAAAAUAUCGUCAGUGGAGUUGCAGGUACUAAACCUUAUAUUUAUCAAUAUUGUAAUGAAUUUAAUAUUACAAUUAAUGAAUCUAAUGAAACUAAUGAAGUUAAUGAAAAGGGUAUUGGUUUUACUGAAGUUACCUUCAUCUCAGAAUAG